AUGACCAUGACCGACCACGCCAUCGCUCCACCCGUUGUUCCACCCAACGAGCCCCAGCCCGAUAAUAUCCCGGCUGGCAACAUCUCGGCAGAUGCCCCUGCUGUUCCCGCUACAAAAUAUGGGAAAGUAGUCCUGGCUCCCAUGGUCCGUUCGGGCCAGCUUGCCACCAGACUGCUAUCCCUCAAAUACGGCGCUGACAUCGUUUGGGGUCCAGAGACAAUCGACAAGUCUCUCAUUGGCUGCGAACGAGUUGAAAAUCCAAAGACCGGUUGUGUCGACUAUGUCAGAACAGGCCUCAUCUUUCGUGCUUGCCCUUCUCGUGAGAAGUCAAAAUUCAUCUUCCAGAUGGGCACAGCUGCACCUGAUACCGCCGUAGCUGCUGCAAAGAUCGUAGCUCAAGAUGUUUCGGGUAUCGACGUAAACUCUGGAUGUCCCAAGCCCUUCUCUACCCACGCCGGCAUGGGAGCAGCCCUCCUUAAAGAUAUCCCUCGUUUACUCUCAAUCCUUACUGCCCUCGUAGAAAACGUCGGCCUCUCCACCCCCUACGCCCUCCCAAUUUCUGUCAAAAUCCGUCUCUUACCAACUAUAGAAGAAACCCACGCCCUCGUAACCUCCCUCUGCAAAACUGGAAUUUCAAAACUAACACUUCACUGCCGAACCCCACCCAUGCGACCUCGAGAACCUGCCAUCCGCGAUGCUUUAGCCGGAACUGCCAAAAUUUGUAAAGAAGCCGGUGUCGAAUUCUUCGUAAACGGCGAAAUUAAGGGCUGGGACGAUGCUCAACGGGUUAUCAAGGAAUACGACAUCGAUGGAGGGGCCAUGAUUGCUGUCGCCGCUGAAUCGAACCCAAGUUGCUUCGUCCCAAAUCAUUUAGGUGGCCCAAAACCUUGGAGAGAAGUCGUUACCGAAUACAUGUUGAUCGCGAUGAGUGUUGAGAAUCCGAUUUCGAAUACCAAGUUUUGUAUUUUGAACAUGGUUCCCGGGAAGAACGAAAUACAUAAGGUCCUGUCGAGGGCAAAGACAUACCGGGAACUCUGCGAGGCCUUAGGUUUGGAGUGUACAUACCCCGAAGACUUGGACCUAGGAACGCUGAAAACGCAAAGAGUGAAGGCUCAGGAGGAAAAACAAGCCCAAUUACAGGUAGAAAGGGCCGAAAGGCAGAAAAAAUUGGCGGACUUCAAGAGAAAGAAGACAGAAGCUGAAGGAGAAGAGAAGAAAGAGGAAGAAGGUAGUAAUAAAAGAGUCAAAGUGGACGUCGGAGAAAGGAGUAAUGCAACCACAGGCGCCGCCGUGGCGGAAUUGGCGGCUACGGAUAUGCUACUACCCGGUGGUGCCGCAGAACCCAUUCAGGCGGUAGUGUAG